AUGACGAAUAAUAGUAAUAUUGAAAAUUGUAAUACAAUUUAUGACAAACAAAUAACUCAAUUUAAAAUUAAUAGAAAUGGUAGUAGUGGAUGUGGAAGUAGUAAUGAAAGUGGAUCACUUUUAAUUUCUAUUAAAAUCGAACAUAUCCUUGAAUUUCCAGAUGAAGUUUUAUUAACAAUUUUAUCAUUCUUAGAACCAAAUGAUAUUAAAAAUAUUUAUUUAUCAAGUAGAUAUUUAUCAAGUUUUUGUUUUGAAAAUAAAAUUUGGAAAGCAAUUUGUAAAAGAAAAUGGAGUUCAUCACCAAUUUUUAAAAGAAAGCCAAUUACAAAUUGGAGAAGUUAUUAUUUAAAGAAAAAAGGAUUUAUGGAUUUAUCAGGUGGAUUAAGUUGGAUUGAAAUAUUUUCAUCAUCAGGUGAUAAGCCAUCACCAAGAUAUCAAAAUACAUGUACAUCAGUUGGAAAUGAAAUUUAUUUCAUUGGUGGACAAGAUCAUCCAGAGAAUAGAUUUAAUACAAUUCAUAAAUUUAAUUGUACUACACAAGAAUUUACAAGAUUAAUACCAACAGGUAGCUCUCCACCAAAAUUCGCCAGACAUACAUCAACAGUGAUUGGCAGUAAAAUUUAUUCUCAUGGCGGUUUCGAUGGAUUUAGUCAACAUUUCGGACUAUUUGUAUAUUGUACCAUUGAAAACCGUUGGGAAACCCUCUCGCCCACUGGUGAUAUACCAAUCUCAAGAACCAAUCAUGCCAGUACAUCAAUUGGUGAUAAUUUUUAUAUUUUCGGUGGAAUGUAUAAAAAUGGUAGUGAUUUAGUAUUUUUAAAUGAUUUAUUCGAGUAUAAUACUAUAGAGAAUAAAUGGACCCAAUUAAAGGGUACUGGCGACCACCCACCUCAGAAAUGCGGUCAUAAGCUAUUCAAUUUCGGUGGUAAAUUAUUAUUAUUUGGUGGUGGAUAUGGCUCACAAUGGGAUAUUAAAUAUAAUGAUGUUCAUAUCUAUGACAGAUCUUUAAAUAGGUGGACAAAAGUUAAAACAAAGGGAGAAAUCAACGUUUGUACAUUUACUGUUAGUUGGAGUGUUGGUCCAUUUCUUUUCAUCUAUGGUGGUCAAUCUGUUAAAGAUGAUCUAUUAACUAAUGAUCUCUAUAUGUUAGAUACUGUAAAUAUGGAAUGGAGUUCUAUCAAUACAAAUUGUACACCUUUUCCACGUGAUAUGGGUUCUGGUGUAUUAGUUGGUUCAACACUUUAUAUGUUUGGUGGUUUCUCUUCAACACCAUUAGAUAGUUUAUUCUCUUUAGAUUUAUUAAAAGAUGAAAAUUUAAAUAUAUCACCUUCUCCAAAUAUUUAA